AGGGAAUGCCUCCGGUUCCCAGGAAAACCCUGGCGUGCAGGGGUAUAGGAAAGCCAUGAGACCAAAUUUGAACUCCGUUGCAAACCUCCACUACCAUUUCCCUCUUCUUCGCUUCUCCCCAAUUUUCUCCCGCGCCGGCUUCUUCUACAACCCCGUCGUCGGUUCCCAGACAGCGCUUCGGUCGGCGGCGAAGAGUUCACUAAGCACCGGAGCCGCAACAACUUCUCGUCUUCUUCUCCGUCGCUGCACCUGCACAACUAUGGCCACCGAUCCUCCGGCGGUUCCGGUGAGAGACGAAAUUGAACUGACGGAGGUUGAGCGGAAGAUAUUCGACAGGCUCCUUGGCACUCUCCGCAAAUUUAAUCUCACCACGGAGCUCCGCGUCGCCGGCGGUUGGGUCCGCGACAAGCUGCUGGGGAAAGAGUGCUACGACAUUGAUAUCGCCAUUGACAAUAUGUCCGGAAGUCAAUUUGUUGAUAGCGUGAAGGACUAUUUGGAAACAGUAAACGAAGUAGCUCAAGGGGAUUGUGUCAUUGCUCGGAAUCCUGACCAGUCCAAACACUUGGAAACUGCGAGGAUGAGGCUAUUUGAUCAAUGGAUUGAUUUCGUUAACUUGAGGUGUGAAGAUUACAACGAGAACAGUCGCAUCCCGACAAUGAAGUUUGGUACUGCUGAAGAGGAUGCAUAUAGAAGAGAUUUAACCAUUAACAGCUUGUUCUAUAAUAUCAAUAAUAGUUCAGUCGAAGACCUUACAGGCAGAGGCAUUGCAGAUCUAAAAUCUGGAAAAAUAGUGACCCCUUUACCUCCAAAGGAGACAUUCUUGGAUGAUCCUCUUCGUGUUCUUCGGGCUAUUCGGUUUGGUGCAAGGUUUGAGUUUGAGAUGGAUGAAGAUCUCAAAGAAGCGGCUAGAUGCGAGGAAGUGAAAAAUGCUCUUGCAGCUAAAAUUAGCAAAGAGCGUGUUGGGACUGAGAUUGAGCUAAUGAUCUCUGGUAAUCAACCUGUCAAAGCCAUGUCAUACAUAGCCGAUUUGACAUUAUAUCCGGUUGUCUUCUGUUUCCCACCAAAUUAUCAACCAGAAGUCUCUGAAGGAUGCCAGACGCAGUCCAUAGCUUACUUGGAAGCAGCAUGGAGUCUGAUUCACUCAAUUGGAUACGCUUCGUUCACAGAUCAGCAAAGGCGACUUGCUUUAUAUGCAUCUCUGUUUCUUCCCUUCAGAAAUAUUACUUAUAAGGAUGCUAAGGGAAAAAGGAUGCCGGUUGUCAACUAUAUUUUUAGAGACUCUCUUAAGCAGAAAGCCAGUGAUCCUGACUUGGUGAUGAAGGUACAUCAGUCAAUAGAUAAACUUACAACAUUGAUUCCUUCACUUAUAUCCAAGGCAGAAACCAUGCCCCCUGAAGUCAAUCAGGAAAUGGAAUUUGCUGAUGUGGCCACCAAUUCAAAGCUCCAAAUUUCAACAGGUACUGUGCAUUUCUAUACGAAUCAUGCUGCUAACCUUAACACAAAUUCCUUCUCUUCAACUCCUUAUUCAUUACUUAUUGCAGGAUUCGUACUACGAGAGGUCAAAGAUCUAUGGCGAAUUGCUCUACUGAUAUCUACAAUGCUACACCCCUCUGACUUGGCUUCUUCUUCCAAGGAGGAUAAUGGUAAGCCCGAGCUUGACAAGAGGAAAGACUUGUUCAAGGCAGCCGAGGCUGCCAUCCUUGAACUAGGUCUGGACAAUGUGUGGGACAUGAAGCCAUUGAUCAAUGGGAAAGAGAUCAUGAGCGUCCUACAGCUUAAAUCCGGAGGACCCCUUGUCAAGGAAUGGCAACAAAAGAUACUGUCAUGGCAACUUGCUCAUCCAACUGGGACUGCCCAUGAAUGCCUUGAGUGGAUGAAGGAAACCCACUACUCGAAGCGCCCCGAAACAGAGUAGAGCUGCUGCUGACCAUGAUUACGAUCUUAAUGGAAGCUUGCUCCUUUUCUCUUUUGCACUCCUGACUAGCAGUGGAAAUGGCAGAGUUCAAUUUUGGGAAGAAACUAGUUGAUGAUCACAAUCAUGGUUCUGCAUUUUUGUACGUGAAAGAAAUGGUAAAAAAGCCGAGAUGUUUGGUGCUUUCUGUACAUUCUAAUAGAUCAACCACUUGUAGAUCUUUGUUUAUGGAGCAUUUUAUUUUUAGAUAAUUCCUCAAAAUCAUAAUCGAGAUAGAUUAUAAUUAUAUACUUGAAUACUUGAUUCAGUAAGAUUCGAUCA